GUAGUACGUCCCCUCGGCGGUAGUUUCAGUUCUCCCCUUCCCUCUGACUCUGGGCGGCGGCCGCCGCUUGCGCGUCCCCAACCCUAAUCCUUCCAACACAUGAGCAGCGGCGGCAGGGUGUCCUGGCCCAGCGGCGGCAGGGUACCCCAAUCGCGCUUCAAUGCCUGAAUCCACUUAGCGCACGGAUCCAGCGGCGACAGGGUGUCCUGGCCGCGAGCGCCGGGGCAAGGCGGUCCGGCGGCGGCGUUGUGGCAGCUUCGCUGUAUUCCAGUCCGUCAAGGAUUACGGUCCUACUCCGAUCCCAAGUUCCCAACAGCCCAACACCGUCGCUCAUAUAUACAUCCUGGCGAAUCCAACCCCUGUAUAGACGAAAGCCGGUGCUCAAAAAUUCUUCCUGGUAGAAAUUCAAACCCAAGAACAUGAGCUGCAGGGGAAUCUCGCCGUCCGUCCUCUUGCCUCCGUUCCUCUACAAGCCCACGGCCUUCCGCCUCCUGCAGCCACAGCCAGAGCAGUCCUCUGUGGUCUUGGACAGAACCAGAGGACUCUUAUUUCAACACAGCUGUAGACCGCCUGUGUUGCCUCAAGCGAUGCUGCUUCCUCGGCACUACUACACCGCCCCAUGGCAUGGUCCGAUCCAAGGGCGUCUGUUCCACAACAUCAUCAAGCACAUUAAUCGACCGCCUGCAUUAGCACAAGCGACACUGCUUUCUCGGCCCUACCGGACGGUGCCAUGGCAUGGGGAGGUCUUGGCCUCAACUCAUCGACGCCUCUUCAGCCGUAUUUUGCCUCACAAUAGUCGAUCGCCUGCGUUAGCACGGGGGGCACUGCUACCUAGGUGUUUCUACACCACCACACGGCAAUUCAAGGACAUGGAAUCUAUCCGAAGACUCCUUUUUCGAGGCAUUACGCCUGGCAUCUUUCUUCCUCGGUGGUACUUCAGUGCUCCAUUGCAGCAACAGCAGAUUUUGGGACCCAUCCGAGGACUCUUCUUCGGUCAUAUUCGUCAAGUUGUAUGUCGGCCUUGGCAGUAUUGCGUGGCCCCAUCGAGAUCGGCGAUCCAUUUUGCUCGUAGCUACUUUGGAUGUUUGUGGAAGGUCACAGUGGCUGCAGCUUUUAUCAACAUUAUGUGGUCGUUUGUCUACCACACUUAUCUUGUUCGUGUCCCAUACACCAGCCAAACUCGUUUCUUACGCUUUGAGACUGUGCCUUAUACCAACCGGAUCCACUUUGUCGUUCGCUCUCCUCUAGAUGACCGCGAGUAUGGCGAGUCAUGUUUUUCUAUGUUCAAGAGGAAUUACCCAUCCACGUUCUUUAGCCCGCUCCACCCCGACAGUGUACGUGUCAAUCUUAUCACAGCGAAACUUGUUCGCGCCGUUCAACGUGGCCUUGAUAUCAAGGGUUCUGAUGCGGCCUUGGUCCAUGGCUCCCCUGGCAAAGACGCAAGCUUAGAUGGUAGGCAUGCAGUUGAGAGCAAUAAACAGGGCAAGUCAUGCAGAUCACAGCCACAGAUAACUCACCUUGAUGGUCUUGACUUGGAGGUGUUUGUUAUGAAAAAUGAUCAGCAUAUGGGUGCAGUGUCAUGGUCCAAUGGCAAAAUUUUAGUGUUCACUGGAUUGCUCAAUAAUUUGGAGACUGAUGCCGAAAUUGCUACUAUUCUUGCACAUGAGAUUGCACAUUUGGUUGCCAGACACUGGUCAGAGUUAAUUAUAUAUAAGAAGUGGUUUCCUUAUCCUCUCAAGGUGUACUUCGUACGAAGGAUCGAGAGAGAGGCAGAUCGCAUGGGAAUGCUGAUAAUGGCUGCUGCUGGUUUCGAUCCACACAUAGCCCCUAAGACCGUUGAGAAGCUAGCUGGGAAUGACAUAUAUCAUCCUUCGGGGAAGAAAAGAGCACAGCUUUUAUCUAAAGCAAAUAUCAUGGAUGAGGCGCUGGAAUUAUAUAGAGAAGUUAUGCUGGCCAAGGCGCCAUAAGUUUAUAGUUUGUACGUCUGCAAUAUUAAAGCAUAAGAAUGUUUUCCUAUGUGUGUUUUAUGCCGUCUUAGCCUGAGUUCAUGUGAUCCUCAAAUAUGGUCUUUAGUUGCUUCAUUGAUGAUUUAGUAGAAAAAUGUUCCAUUUAUGCUCAGUACUACAGUACUUGGUUGAAGCAGCUUUUGAUCCUUCGACACAUUUCAAUCCGUUGAAUCGCGGGUUCAUUUAUGUUC